CAAAGAACUACUUCCUCCACUAACAACCGAACAAGAUUUCAUCGAUUCGAAAACGAAAAAAACCAUUAACAUACAGUAACAAAAGUUUAUCAUCAUCAGCAUCAACCAUGUCUCCUUCUUCCGACAAUAAUAGAGUACAGAGACAGGUAAUCAAGAAUUUUUUAGCAAAGCUUCAGAAAGAAGGCGAAGGGGCUCUUGUAAGAAAUGUCAUCACAGAGAUUGACCAGGAGUUAUUGGACCCGUUCGUGUUGCUAGUUGAAUUUUCCUUUUCGCUUUUAGCUGGAUUCCCUGAUCAUCCUCACCGAGGUUUUGAAAGUGUUACAUACAUGCUACAGGUCAUAAAAGUACAAUCCAAGCCGGAGGUGUUCAGGAUUGAGCCUAAAUAUCAAGAACUAUCGAGUUUAGACAUCCCAAGAGCAGAAGAAAACGGAGUUAAGGUCAAAGUCAUAGCCGGAGAUUCAAUGGGAAUCAAGUCUCCUUUCUACACAACAACACCAAUCAUGUUCCUUGACUUUACCCUCAAGCCAGGAUCUCAAACCCACCAGACCGUUCCUGAAUCAUGGACCGCGUUCGCCUACAUAAUAGAAGGCGAUGAGGGUGUGUUCGGUUCCUCGAACUCUUCCGCUAUAUCGGCGCACCAUGUUGUAGUGUUUGGACCAGGGGAUUUAGUUAGCGUGUGGAACAAGUCAACUACUAGGUCAUUGAGAUUUCUGUUGAUUGCAGGGGAACCAAUCGGUGAGCCUGUGGUUCAGUGUGGUCCUUUUGUGAUGAAUUCGCAGGCUGAGAUCGAUACCGCUUUUGAGGACUACCAGAAUGCUACGAACGGGUUUGAGUUGGCUAAGGGUUUGAACAUGUUUGAAAUGCCCAAGGGUUUGAAAGGGUCACAGUGAAAAAAGUUUUUAAACAAAAACCAUUUGAAUCCUCUCUUUCGGAAAGUUGAUUCGACUCGAGAUUGCAAUUUACAACUUUGACUACAACUCAAUCUAUUUCGUUAAAAAAAGAGGAUUUAAUUUUCCUCCUUUAUGUUGACAAUUUCAAUUAUAUCUAUCAUCCUUCUGGGAUAACAGAUGCUUUGUAUGUGGAUCUUAUAAAUUCUUGCUAAUGAAAAUAUGAUUCUUGGAAAAAAA